AUGUGGAAGCGAUUACAGGGUGCCGUCCGGGAUAAGGAGAAGCAUGCACGAAUAGGCAAUCCCGUACUUCUUGAAACCACAUAUGACGAGGAUCAACUGAAUCGCAACCCCAGAGUGACCGACCUUCAAAAUGGCAGUCACCAGAAUUAUGCGCUCCCUCCGCUCUCGCAUUUAUUGUCUCCCCAAAGCCCUCCCAACUAUAGAGCGUCAGAAGUAGCAACAGCCUCGUCUAUUUACUCACAGGACACACUCUGCUACAACGACAACAACGACAACCCUACAGCCACAUCGCCCUCCGCAUACGAAGACAUAUCGCCUCCUAGCUCUCCGGAACCAGAACAGUAUUCCUCCUCUUUUCUCCCCCGAAGAUUUCGCUCGAUGCGUGACGUAUCACCCAUGGACGAAGACCGCAAGAAACUCGAAGACAAUCCUCGCGCGGGUAGCAACAUUCCUGUUCUGCGCAGAGCGCCAUCUGUCCUUCGAAAUGGCGACGCAGACUCAGGACCAAAGCAGAAGUUUUGGGAAGGCAAGCUUGCGCCAAACUCGAAAGUAAAGUGGGAUGAGUAUUCAGGCGAGCCCAAUAGUGCAGGGAAGGCCGCGUCAGUCGAUCCAGUCUCUUAUGCGAAAGGUGUGGCGUCGUCAGACAGCAGACCUAUGGGGUAUCAGGUUUCAGUCAGUGGGCCUGAGAAAAAGAACACAAGUUUCGGAGAGCGCGUUGGCCGCUUCGGGUCGAAGCGUUCACCACCGCCCGUGGAGCCGUGGAGCCGAGCUACGGGACGAUCAGAAAUCGCACCUCCGCUGAAAUACCAGCCUGCAGACAAACCACUACAAAUACCACGAAAGACAACCUCUCCAAGCACGGACCAGGAGAGGUCAAACGCACUUGCAGCUGCCAUUAUUCUGUCUGACACUCAACCUGUAGCAACUGAGAUGGCGCUCAAGGAUCCGCGCGACAACGAUAUGCGCUACAACGAUGGUAUUAAACCGAUUGUACCGCUCAAAGUAGGGGAAAAUAGUCUGCGAAGUGGUCCUAUCUCUCCCACGUCACCUCAAGGCUUGGGAAUUACAACUUCGUAUCCGAGCCCAAUUACUCCAACAAGUCGCACGCAGCUGAACCAGUCCCCGGCCACUGUAACACCAGUAGAACAGACGCUAUACCCCACCUUACGGAAUACAACCCCGCCUUCAGAGAAAGGCAAGCAAGCGCCCAUAAGUCGAUUCUCGUGGACAACCUACAACAGUGCGACGACCUACCAACACUCACCACCGCCUUCACCACCGAAUGGGAAGCGCGUCGUAACAGAACCCAUAUCAGCCGCCUCCUCGAUUCUAAACCGACGCCGCCCAGUACCACACGCAGACAGCGUCCCCGCGCCCAGUAUGACCAAAGUUUAUGCCCGUAACCCAACUUCCCCCUACGCCUCAUCCACCUUCUCCAAUUCCUCGAAAAAGGCGCUCCCCCAUCCCCCUAGCGCCCUCAGCGCUAUCGACCACAUCGCCUACCUGGAAUCGCAACAAGAAGACCUGCGCAUCCGCCGCAACAAUGUGUACCGUUUACUAAAGGACUUGAACAACGCUGCGCCGACUAACCCGCUGGUUACCGACUUCAAGAAAGCUAGGGUGGCGGAAGAGAGGAAGAAGGCGUUUCAAGAGGAGUUGGAUGAGAUUCGCGCCGAGGAGCAUGAUGUUGGACUUAAGCUGCACCGCGCGUGGAAAAAGAGGGAGAGGGAGGAUCCCAACUCCAAUGGCAGUGCCUUGUGGGUGAGGAGAGUUACCAGCUAG